AUGGCGGUCGCAACGCAAGGCGCCUCCUCGGGCAUCAAUAGCCAGAACACGAGGACGCUCCUACGAGUCUCUAUUCUCUUUUUGAUUGCUGCAGCCGCAGUCGCCAGUCGUUUGUUCUCUGUGAUCCGGUUUGAGAGUAUCAUCCACGAAUUUGACCCAUGGUUUAACUUCCGAGCUACCAAGUACCUUGUCGCCAAUGGCUUCUACAAGUUUUGGGAUUGGUUCGAUGACCGAACAUGGCAUCCAUUGGGCCGUGUCACCGGAGGCACGCUUUACCCAGGUCUCAUGGUGACCAGUGGUAUCAUCUACCACGCGCUUCGAGCUCUCACUGUCCCCGUCGACAUCCGCAACAUCUGUGUGCUUCUCGCCCCGGCCUUCUCAGGCCUGACAGCCUACGCCGCCUAUCUUUUGACCAAUGAAAUGACCACUUCUUCAUCCGCUGGUCUUCUCGCUGCUGCCUUCAUGGGCAUCACCCCUGGAUACAUUUCUCGAUCCGUCGCUGGCAGCUACGACAACGAGGCCAUCGCCAUUUUCCUACUUGUCUUUACAUUCUACCUCUGGAUCAAGGCUCUCAAGCUUGGAUCCAUGCUCUGGGGCGCGCUCUGUGCCCUUUUCUAUGGCUACAUGGUUGCCUCCUGGGGUGGCUAUGCAUUCAUCACCUGUCUCCUGCCUCUCCACGCCUUUGUCCUCAUUGGCAUGGGACGAUUCAGCAACAGGCUUUACGUGAGCUACACCACGUGGUAUGCUCUUGGAACAAUUGCCAGCAUGCAGAUUCCAUUCGUCGGCUUCUUGCCUGUUAAAACCAGCGAGCACAUGCCGGCGCUUGGUAUCUUUGGACUUGUACAGCUGGUUGGACUCCUCCAGUAUGUCCGAUCGUCGAUGUCUGCUAAGCAGUUCAAGACCUUUGUCAUCACUGUCCUUGUUGGAGCUGUUGGAAUCGGACUGGCUGGUUUGGUUGGCCUGACCUCCCUGGGAUACAUUGCCCCUUGGAGCGGCCGAUUCUACUCUCUGUGGGAUACUGGCUACGCCAAGAUUCACAUUCCCAUCAUUGCCUCCGUCUCCGAGCAUCAGCCUACAGCCUGGCCGGCCUUCUUUUUCGAUCUCAACAUGCUCAUCUGGCUGUUCCCCGCUGGUGUAUACCUCCUCUUUCAGGAUCUCCGCGACGAGCAUGUCUUCGUCGUAGUUUAUGCCCUGUUUGGCAGCUACUUCGCAGGAGUCAUGGUCCGUCUGAUGCUGACCCUCACUCCCAUCGUGUGUGUUUCUGCGGCUAUUGCAGCCAGCCAGAUUCUCGACACCUACUUGUCAGCGAAGAAGCCCAACCCAGAAGAAGUUACCGAUGCUGGAUCUACCGACACUAAGCCUGCUAAAACAUCAGGCCUCAGGGUUUCCUCGAAACCAGCCGUCGGGAUUUUCACAUUUAUCUCAAAGGCGUUGGUGGUUGGCGGCAUGGUUGUGUAUCUUCUCAUGUUUGUAUCCCACUGUACCUGGGUCACAUCAAAUGCGUACUCUUCGCCGUCAGUGGUGCUUGCUAGCCGCAUGCCUGAUGGAAGCCAGCACAUCAUUGAUGACUACCGCGAGGCCUACCAGUGGCUUCGCCAGAAUACCAAGGAGGAUGCCAAGAUCAUGUCUUGGUGGGAUUACGGCUACCAGAUUGGCGGUAUGGCUGACCGACCCACCCUGGUGGACAACAACACCUGGAACAACACGCAUAUUGCCACCGUUGGAAAGGCGAUGAGCUCUAGUGAGGAGGUUAGCUAUCCUAUCAUGCGCCAGCAUGAGGUGGACUACGUUCUUGUUGUGUUUGGUGGUCUUCUGGGCUACUCUGGCGAUGAUAUCAACAAGUUCCUCUGGAUGGUUCGUAUUGCUGAGGGUAUUUGGCCCGAAGAGGUCAAAGAACGCAAUUUCUUUACCAGCCGUGGCGAAUACCGUGUCGACGCCGAAGCUACCGACACCAUGAAGAACAGCUUGAUGUACAAGAUGUCUUACUACAACUACCACUCUUUGUUCCCUGCGGGACAAACGGUUGACCGUGUUCGUGGUGCUCGCCUGCCUGAUCAAGGCCCUGUUCUCAACACCAUCGAAGAGGCCUACACCACUGAAAACUGGAUCAUCCGCAUCUACAAAGUCAAGGAUCUCGACAACGUCGGACGAGACCUUGCCGCCGCCGCUUCGUUCGAUCGCGGUCAGAAGAAGAAGGCGUCGAAGAAGAAGGGACCCCGUGUCCUUCGUGUGGACUAA